AUGAUGGAAUACGGAAGAACGCGCAAAGGGCCGCUGCCUGGAGGUCGCCAGGGCGCGUCUGGAGCUGGCGCUGGACGCGGCAGCAUGCGAACCGCCAGCCGAGCGCGAGGUGCUGCACGACCACCCAGCAGCCCCUCGCAUCCAUCAUCCCCACCAGCUGGCUUGGUGUCGGCAGGGUCUUCGCGGGCCCAGCAAUCGGCACCCGCCUCUGGUGGAGUACGCCGCAUGCGUUGGACAACCCAGAUGAACAGCAACGCAUUGCGGGCGUAUUUUGGGGCGAAAGGGGGAGAAACUGGAUGUUUGGCGUAUCGGGCUAGGAUGCAUCGUCUUUUUGCUGAGCUGGAGCCAUCUUUAACCGUCACAGAGCAAAACCUGGCAGACCGAGUUCGGUAUAUCUUGCGCUCAAAUAUAUUUGAUGUCGCCGAACUCGAACGGCUACGACGUGAGGCUGUUCCCUCGUCGGAUGAGAAUGCUACGGCUGAGGAUGCGGCGCCACAAAUGGUAGAGCAACCCGCAAACGUGGAUGCCGCCGUGAAUACCCCAGUUGUGGUUGAUUCAAACGAUGAUGGAACAGUCGCCCAGGAACUGGAAUUAGAGCAUAUGAGGAGUACAUUGGAAGAGGCGAUUGUGGAAACGCGCAGUACGCCUCUCGAAAAUCGACCGCGACUUCCCCGCAUAGCCCUAAGCAAGCGGAAUCGGGCUGUCGUGAGGGCUCUGAACCCAAUGCUGGUGACCUAUUUGGAAGCCAGCCGGGACCUUUGCGAGACGGACUCAAUUCUUUUUGGCGCCGCGCUGGCAGUCUGCCGUAUCAUAGGCGCCAAGGUUUCCACGGCUGGACGCGCUACUGGCCAUAGUAGCGCUAUCCCAGCAUGGAGAAGAAGAAUUGAGGAACGUAUCGCAAAGGCUAGAGCUCUCAUCGGCAGACUGAUAUGCUUCAGAUCAGGCAACAACAGGCCAAGAAUUGUGCGCACCGUCAGGAUGGCGUUUGCUGGGACAAAUGUCAGUUUGUCCCAGCCGGAUAUAACGCAAAAACUGACGGAGCGCAUAGAUGAUCUGAAGCAGAGAAUCGCUGCUUGGGGAAAACGGAUUCGGCGAUAUACCGAGAGGUCGACACGGUUCAACCAGAAUCGUCUCUUCCAGAGUGAUCAGAAGAGGCUCUAUGAAUCAUUGGAGCGACCAAUGGUAAGUGGAACGGGUCCAGCACCGAAUCAGGCCGACACUGUAGCAUUCUGGCGCGGCCUGUGGUCAGAGCCCGUAAACCACAGCGAGGGCCCUUGGACGGAAGUUGUGGCGAGUCAGUGUGCGGGUAUUACGCCCAUGGACCCCGUCAUCAUAACGCCGGAUGACGUAGCUGAGGCGGUCCGUAGGGCCCCGAACUGGAAAAGUCCGGGGCUUGACGGGCUGCAUCACUACUGGCUGAAGGGGUUCAUGGUGUGUCACUCUGUGCUUGCCCGACAGUUUCAAGAGGCUCUCAACCAGAAGUCGCUCCCAAGCCUCUUCACUACUGGGAUCACUCAUUUGGUUCCUAAAGACCAGGAGUUUUCCUUGCCAGUGAUCCUUAAAAGUUUAGAAAGUGCGGCCAAAGAUGCGGGCACAAUUAAGUACGUGAUCGGAAUGAACCCCGGACCGCCACCGCGUUGA